CAGAAAUAUUAAAAAAUAUAAAUUAGAUCAAAAGUUUGAUAUGAUAAAAUUUUAUAAUAUUUUAACUUAUAAAUUUUAAACAUUAUAACAAAAUUAAAUAUACUAAGAUCUGAUGUAAAACAAAUAUUAUUGUUAGUAAAAAAUAUUAUUAACACACAUAUAACUUAUCUUGUUUCAAAUAUAUUUUAAUCAUGUUUGAUAAAAUAGUGAAUAGAUUUUUUAUCUCGCCUGUGUGGUGAGUGUACCUAGUAUUACCUACUGAUAGAUUAUUCUACUAGAUAUACAAUUUGAUGUGGAGCGAUUUUUCUUUUGCAAAUGUAGUUCGGAUAGGUCCAGUUGAAUCGUCCGAAAACAAUGUUAUAAAAUUAUACACUUGUAAAGUUCAAAAAAAAAAAAAAAAUUAUACACUUGUUAUUUUCUUAUUACCUUGGAAAAAAAUCCUUUUAGAAGAGUGAUAUCUCUCGAUCCUAAUAAGGCAAUAAAUAUAGUAUAUUGUAAGAAACUGUUAGUCUUUUUAUAAUUAGUUUGAAUGUUUGAACGAAAGUCUUUUUCUACUGUCACAAUUACAAGCAUUUAUGACAGCAGUCUCUUUAUAAGAGACAUGCAGGAGUAAAAAAUAAACAAUGCAUGGCCAUAUUACAGCUUUAGACAGAUGGUUUUUAUUGACUAAUUUUUUUUUUUUUUGACUGAAGAUUUAAACAGUUGUUACAUCGUUGCUUUUGACAUUUAGCAAUUACUCUCUAUACCUCUCUUAAGUUUCCCCAAAACCAAAGAAAAAAAAAAGAGAGACAAUUUACUCUAAAUUUCCUGAAAAAGCUUAAACCAACCAAAAUUAUGGUUUCACAGAAUGUUCCCUUCCGAAGGGUCACCAGUUUUCAAAGACUUGUUGAGCUGGUACUUGCUCACCCUCAUGAUUCGCGAUAAACUCCAAACCCAAAACCAAGAUUCCGACCAGGUUAAUCACGAUCACAACCUUCCCGGUUUAUGCCAAUAUACCAUACCAGAUGAAGACCAACACCUGCAGACUCGUUCCGAACAUGGUGAGAUUGAGAUGAGCGAAGAUAUCCUAGGAGAGACACGAGAUGAAUGGCUGAUUUGGAUCAAAGACAAGAUGGAGCAAGUACUUAGAGACGGUGCCACAACAAGCUGGGACAAGCUCUGUAUCUACAGAGUUCCACAUUACCUUCAAGAAAGCGACAGGAGGUCCUACUACCCUCAAACCGUCUCGUUUGGUCCAUAACACCUAGGAAAGAUGCAUCUCCUCCCUAUGGACCAUCACAAAUGGCGUGCGGUCAAUAUGGUCAUACAACGUACCAAGCAAUGCAUAGAAAUGUAUUUUGACGCCAUGAAAGAGCUCGAAGAGAAGGCUCGUGCUUGCUAUGAAGGUCCCAUUGGUUUGAGCAGUAACAAGUUCGCCGAAAUGCUAGUUCUUGAUGGCUGUUUUAUCCUCGAGCUCUUCAGAGGAGCUGAUGAAGGAUUCUCGACACUCGGAUAUGCAAGUAACGAUCCAAUUUUUGCUAUGCGAGGAUUGAUGCGUUCGAUCCAACGGGACAUGGUAAUGCUGGAAAAUCAACUUCCUCUGUUUGUUCUCGACCGGUUGUUAGAGCUACAACUCGGAACACGGAACCAAACUGCUAUAGUGGCAGAUGCUGCUGUUCGGUUUUUCAGCCCAUUAAUGCCGACAGGGGAGGCAUUGACCGAACCGGACCAGUCAAAACUUAUGAACUGGAUGGAAACCCCCUUGGUCUCAAUUGGCGACAAAAGCGAGUUGCACUGUCUGGAUGCUUUCCGUCGGAGUCUGCUUCGGUCUAGUCUGAAAACAGAACCAAGGUUAUCACGAAGGAGAUGGUACUGGGGUUCGCGCGUGGUGGACAAGCGCCAACAACAAAUGAUACAUUGCGUCACCGAACUAAGGCAUACCAGUAUUAAGUUCAGGAGGAGGAAAACCGACCGGUUUUGGGAUAUUAUUCAGAAAAGGUUAUCUAGAGAUACCAAAACUCUUUAUCCAUGAUGGUACCAAGUCUCUCUUCUUGAAUCUCAUAGCUUUCGAGCAGUGCCAUCCGGACUCUGAGUAACCACAUAACAUCCUACAUAGUUUUCAUGGACAAUCUAAUAGAUUCUCCUGAAGAUGUUAGUCACUUGCGUUCAUGCGGUAUCAUCGAACACUGGUUAGAGAAUGACUCUAAAGUCGCCAGUUUUUUCGGUCGGGUAGGUCAAGAAAUCGUUUUUAACAUUAAAGAUAGUUAUUUAUCUCAGUUGUCGAAUAAGGUCAAUCGUUAUUAUCACCAUCACAAUAAGUACUACAGGAAGUGGAAUGUUUGGACGACAACCUUGAAACAGAAGUACUUCGAUAGCCCUUGGGCAUUUAUUUCUUUCUCUGCUGCAGUUUUUUUAUUGGUUCUCACAUUCUCUCAGAGUUUUUUUGCUGGUUAUGCUUAUUUUAAACCACCACCAUAAUUUUCAUUACUAUUUUGUUGUCUUUUUUUUUUGUUUCGUUCACCCAAUUUGGAAUGCUUGUAUUCUCU